AGCAUACUAUAUACUUGAAGCUUCCACGUAUACUAUAAUAAGAAGCGGCAAGAUUGAAACAGAGACUUAAAAAAAUUAAUGUUUAAAUAUGCCAUAUUCUGAGAGUUAUAUUAAAAAUAAAUUAAUCGAAGGAUUGAACGCUUCACACGUGGUUGCUAAAAGUUGAUUUUAAAACACAUUUAUUAAUUGCUAUCAAGAGUAUAUUUGGAUAUAAAUUACUUGGAAAGAUUAUCGACACAUAUUGUUUAAAAUGCAAGGGAAUAAACAGAUUAUGUUAAUUUCCCUAUUUGCACUCCUCUUAAGAUGGUGUGUUACGUACCAUUCAUAUAGUGGUGAAGGAAAACCUCCACUGUUUGGAGAUUAUGAAGCUCAACGACAUUGGCAAGAGAUAACAUUUAAUUUACCUGUUGAAAAUUGGUAUAUUAAUACUACGGACAAUGAUUUACAAUAUUGGGGAUUAGACUAUCCUCCCUUAACGGCUUAUCAUAGUUUUAUAUUGGGCUAUGUUGCCGAUAAGAUUAAUUUUUCAUAUAUUUCAUUAUACGAAUCAAGAGGGUUUUCUUCUGAAAGUCAUAAAUAUUUUAUGAGACUUAGUGUUUUAUUAGCAGAUAUUUUAGUUUAUUUACCAGCAAUAAUUUAUUUCGCAUGUACUAAUCAAAUAUCAAACGCAGAAACAAAAGAAACUAAUAUAUUUGGUUUUGAUAGAAAGGAUAUUGUUAUUCUAAUAAUGCUAAUUUAUCCAGGCUUAAUAUUAAUAGAUCAUGGUCACUUUCAAUAUAAUUGUAUAUCGUUAGGACUAUUUAUUGGUGCCGUUGCAACCAUGCUUCGAAAUUCAUUUAUUUUUGGAUCAUUUUUAUUUGUAGCUGCUCUAAAUUAUAAACAAAUGGAACUUUAUCAUGCAUUACCAAUAUUUUUGUACAUUCUCGGCAAACAUUUAUCUCUAAGAAAAGAAUUUUCAUUAUCCAAUAUAGGAAUGCUAUUGUGCAUAUCAUUUAUAGUAAUUUUUACAUUUAUUAUUAUGUGGUUACCUUAUAUAAAGAAUUUAGAAACUUUCGCUUCUGUUAUGAUCCGAUUAUUUCCAGUUGCCAGAGGUAUAUUUGAAGAUAAAGUAGCCAAUGUUUGGUGUGCAAUCAAUAUUCUUUAUAAAUUACGUAAUACCUUUACAAAUAUACAAUUAGCUAAAAUUUGUUUGGUAAUAACAACAGUUGCAAUUCUACCAAGUUGUAUAAAUAUAUAUCUACAUCCAGAAAAAGAGAAAUUCAUCAUUUCCCUUAUCAAUUGCGCACUAUCAUUUUUCCUUUUUUCAUUUCAAGUUCAUGAAAAGUCAAUUUUGCUCGUUGCAAUUCCAGUUUUAUUACAUUUUCAAAAUGAUCCAUUUCCAUGUUUUUGGUUUCUAAUUAUUUCACAUUUCAGCAUGUUACCUUUAUUUAUGAAAGACAAUUUAUAUUCAGCUUAUUGGAUAACUUUAAUCUUUUUUAUCCUUAUUACACUUUGGGUAUAUCCUGAUAUACUUAAUUAUAACAAACUAUUGGCUAAUAAAACUCCAAAACCAAAUGUACAGAAACGGAUUAAAACAAAACUAUUAAGAAACAAUAAAAGUAAAUCAGUUUUCACAAGAAUGAAAAAGGAUGUAAUAUAUUACUACAAAAAUAAUUUUAUUAUUGUAUUAAAGUAUGAUCUUUUGCUAAAUAUGUUAUUCUACAGUUCAAUUAUAGGAAUAAUAAUGUUAUCUAUUGUUAGUGGUUUUCUGGAACCUCCAAAAAAAUAUCCAGAUCUAUUUCCAUUAUUAGUUUCUGUAUAUUCUUGUGGACAUUUUAUUGUAUUCUAUGUAUAUUUCAAUUAUAAACAAUUAUGUGUAUAAAAAAAUAUAUAAAUCUGAAAUAAAUCAAUUGAAUAACUUAUUUGCGUUAGUACCAUAUUUCUUUAUUAAGGAAAAAAAGGUUACAAGAAAGAAUUAUUUGAAUACAGUCCUAUUUAUAUAUUAGAUCUAUUUAUUUUAUUACAAUAACACAGAUAAUAUCAAUAGUAUUUAUCUACACUAACAUUUGCUAGAUUAUUCUACCUUUUUGUAAAUUACAUAAUCUUCUAUAUGGAUCUGAACUUUGCUCUGUUACUGAAUAUUACUUUGCUAAAUUACCAUAACAGUAACAUUACUUAUACACAUUCAGUGCAUGUCAGUAGGAAAAUAAAUGCUGUCUUGGAAAUACCUUUAGCGAUUAAGGAACAAACAUUAACAUUAUGUUUCAAUAAAAUAUAAGUUUUCUUUUAAACUAAAGAAAGAAGUGAUAGAUCAGUCUGAUGGUUGUGGUGCCAAAUUUUCUGUAGUAGUUGUUUCUGAUGCAUUUGAAGGCAAACCAUUACUUCAACGUCACAGGUUGGUAAAUGCAUUGUUAGAAGAGGAACUUAAAACAAUUCAUGCAUUUUCUCAAA